CCCUCCGCGCCCCCCUCCCAGAUCUCGCGACCCGCCGCCGCCGCCGCCGGGCCUCGCCGCCCCUGAGCGCCCAUCAUGGUUAGGAAGAAAAGAACCGGCACUGGAGAGAGUUCCGGAGAGGCUUCGGGAGCUCCUGGACAGGGUUCCUCGCAGCCAGCUGAGAGAGCUCCUCAACAGCAUCAACAGCAUGGUGGUGGACGUGGUUGGGUGCCUCAACAGGGUGGCCGUGGUGGUGGGCAAUACCUAGGCCGUGGUGGACAGUAUCAGGGCCAGGGAGGGCCAGCUGCACACCGUCCAGGUGGCCCACCCGAAUAUCAGCAGCGUGAAUAUCAGGGCCGUGGACAUCCAGGUGGUGGUCCACCUGAAUAUCAACCGCGUGACUAUCAGGGCCGUGGACAUCCAGGUGGUGGGCCACCUGAAUAUCAACCGCGCGACCCUCAGGGCCGUGGACAUCCAGGUGGUGCUCCACCUGAAUAUCAACCGCGCGGCCCUCAGGGCCGUGGACAUCCUGGUGGUGCUCCACCUGAAUAUCAACCGCGCGGCCCUCACGGCCGUGGACAUCCAGGUGGUGGGCCACCUGAAUACCAACCGCGCGACCCUCAGGGCCGUGGACAUCCAGGUGGCGGUCCACCUGAAUAUCAACAGCGUGACUAUCAGGGGCGUGGUGGUCCACGCCCUAGAGGGGGUGGAAUGCCGCAGCCAUCCUAUGGCGGGCAUAUGGGUGGACGUGGAGGACACAAUGUUCCUCCAGGUCAGUCAAGAACAGUUCCCGAGCUGCACCAAGCCCCAGAUGUCCAAUAUCAAGCCCCGGUGGUUUCACCAUCCGCAUCGGGAGCUGGCUCUUCCUCUCAGCCUGCGGCAGAGGUGAGCAGUGGACAAGUCGAGCAACAGUUUCAGAAACUUGACAUCAGUGAUCAAAGUUCGACCAGCCAAGCCAUUCAACCGGCACCUGCAUCAAGCAAAUCAGUUCGAUUCCCAUUACGCCCUGGAAUGGGUAAAUGUGGGGAUAGGUGUGUGGUGAAAGCCAAUCAUUUCUUCGCGGAGCUCCCUGAUAAAGACCUUCACCAAUACGACGUGACCAUAACACCAGAGGUUACAUCGCGCGGUGUUAAUCGUGCCGUGAUUGCAGAACUUGUAAAGCUGUAUAGACAAUCUCAUAUGAAUGGACGUCUACCUGCCUAUGAUGGAAGGAAGAGCCUUUAUACAGCUGGGCCAUUACCGUUUACUUCGAGGACAUUUGAAAUCGCUCUGCAAGAUGAAGAUGAAGGCCUUGUUGGUGGGCAAGCCACGCCAAGGCGUGAGAGACAAUUCAGGGUGGUGAUCAAGUAUGCUGCCCGUGCUGAUCUCCAUCAUUUGGCUAUGUUUCUAGCCGGGAGGCAACCGGAUGCACCUCAAGAAGCACUUCAGGUGCUUGACAUUGUGCUACGGGAAUUGCCUACUGCCAGGUAUUCCCCAGUUAGUAGAUCAUUUUAUUCUCCCAACCUAGGGAGACGCCAGAGACUUGGGGACGGUUUGGAAAGUUGGCGUGGAUUUUACCAAAGUAUAAGACCUACGCAGAUGGGGCUUUCGCUGAAUAUUGAUAUGUCUUCUACAGCAUUUAUCGAGCCUCUCCCUGUGAUUGAGUUUGUUGCUCAGCUUCUGUGCAGAGACAUCUCAGUUAGACCGCUCACUGAUUCAGAUCGUGUGAAGAUUAAAAAAGCCCUGCGAGGUGUAAAGGUUGAGGUUACACAUCGAGGAAACAUGCGUAGGAAAUACCGUAUAUCUGGCCUCACAUCACAAGCAACACGAGAGCUAUCAUUCCCUGUUGAUGAUCGCGGUACUGUGAAGACUGUAGUGCAAUACUUCCUGGAGACGUAUGGUUUCAAUAUUCAGCACACCACUUUACCUUGCUUGCAAGUCGGUAAUCAGCAAAGGCCGAAUUAUCUCCCCAUGGAGGUUUGUAAGAUUGUUGAAGGACAACGCUACUCAAAACGACUGAAUGAAAAACAAAUAACUGCUCUACUGAAAGUGACUUGCCAGCGCCCUCAAGAGCGUGAGAAGGACAUCUUGCAGACUGUGCAUCACAAUGCAUACUAUGAAGAUCCAUAUGCACAGGAAUUUGGCAUAAAAAUAGAUGAGCAACUUGCAUCUGUUGAAGCUCGUGUUCUGCCUCCGCCAAGGCUUAAGUACCAUGAUAGUGGCAGAGAGAAGGAUGUCUUACCCAGGGUCGGCCAAUGGAACAUGAUGAACAAGAAAAUGGUCAACGGUGGUAGAGUCAGCCACUGGGCAUGUAUUAACUUCUCUCGGAAUGUUCAAGAUAAUGCUGCCAAGGUUUUCUGUCAUGAGUUGGCUAUAAUGUGCCAAAUAUCUGGAAUGAACUUUGCACCUGAACCUGUGCUGCCCGUACUUAGUGCGAGGCCUGAACACGUGGAAAGAGCACUGAAGGCACGUUAUCAUGAUGCCAUGAACGCAAGCAAACCCCCGGGCAAAGAACUUGACCUGCUAAUUGUUAUACUGCCAGAUAAUAAUGGUUCUCUUUAUGGGGACCUUAAAAGAAUUUGUGAGACUGAACUUGGAUUGGUAUCCCAGUGUUGUCUUACAAAACAUGUUUUUAAGAUGAGCAAGCAGUAUCUUGCAAAUGUAGCUCUCAAAAUCAAUGUUAAGGUGGGGGGAAGGAAUACUGUUCUUGUGGAUGCUUUGGCAAGGAGGAUUCGCCUUGUUACCGACAGACCGACCAUAAUAUUUGGUGCUGAUGUUACACAUCCCCACCCUGGAGAAGAUUCUAGCCCUUCCAUUGCAGCUGUGGUUGCUUCUCAAGACUGGCCUGAGAUAACAAAGUACGCAGGAUUAGUGAGUGCCCAAGCCCAUAGGCAAGAGCUGAUACAGGAUCUUUUUAAAGUAUGGCAAGAUCCCCAAAGAGGAACUGUGACUGGCGGCAUGAUCAAGGAGCUUCUCAUAUCUUUCAAGAGGGCAACUGGACAGAAACCUCAGAGAAUCAUAUUUUACAGGGAUGGUGUCAGUGAGGGACAGUUCUAUCAAGUUCUUUUGUUUGAACUUGAUGCCAUUCGUAAGGCCUGUGCAUCCUUGGAGCCCAACUAUCAGCCUCCAGUUACUUUUGUGGUUGUCCAGAAGCGUCACCACACUAGGCUUUUCGCUAACAAUCAUAAUGAUCAGCGUACUGUUGAUAGAAGUGGGAACAUACUACCUGGCACCGUUGUUGACUCGAAGAUCUGCCAUCCGACAGAAUUUGAUUUCUACUUGUGCAGCCAUGCUGGCAUUCAGGGAACAAGCCGGCCUGCUCAUUAUCAUGUUCUGUGGGACGAGAACAAAUUUACUGCUGAUGAGUUGCAAACUCUCACAAACAACUUGUGCUACACAUAUGCUCGAUGCACCCGCUCCGUGUCAAUUGUUCCUCCUGCAUACUAUGCGCAUCUGGCAGCCUUCCGGGCUCGGUUCUACAUGGAGCCGGACACCUCCGACAGCGGUUCCGUGGCCAGCGGUGCACGCGGCGGUCCUCCACAAGGCGGUCCACGCAGCAGCACCAGGCUUAUAUUUCCAGAAUUGAAGUUAGCAAUGUUGAAGAUGGAUACAAUGUUCCUCGAGGAGACCGGCGAGACCUACCAGGGCUUCGAGGGCGCCUCCUUCUCCACCCGCGGCUGCCUCGUAAGCUCCGGCGUCGUCAAGGAUUUGAUCGCGUUCGCCGGCGAUGCCGAUGACAGGCCGCUCUCCGCGGGGCGGCCGCUGCCCAGGUUUCCGGUCCGGCACGAUCCGUCGUCGUGUGCUAGCUUUGCGGCGCUGGGCCGGGGGAGCGGGAUGCGGCAUGUGCCUGACUGGCUCCCGGCCUUUCCGGAGCCCCACACGUAUGCGAUUGCCGAGGAGGAGCCGGGCGAGAUGGUCGGCGGGUCGUCGGCUGCGGUGGACGAGGUCGAGCAGGCGUGGCGGCAGAGGAAGGCCGAGAAGUCGCUGCUCGGUUUGCAACGGCAGCUGGCGCUCGCGGGUGGCAACGGGAUCCGCCCGGCGGCGGUGGUGGAGGAGGGUGCUGGCAAGGAGAAGGAGCUAGAUAGGGCUGUCGUCAAGAGCAAUCCGUUUAUUCAGUCGGCGUUGCGUUGUGGGGAUAAGGAGGUGUCGGAGGUUGGCAUGCCGAAUUUGGGGAAGAAACACCCUGUUCUUGAUGAUGCCUUUGCACCUGCUUUCGCUGAAUCAGAAGGUGAAGGACUUGAUGAGGGGAGGAGGGACCAAGACCAAGGUCGAGGUCGGAAGAGGAUGGUUCCAAAGGAGAGGCCACCGGUGUAUUUUCGGAUUGGGCCUGAUAGGAAGUCAAGGGUGAUGGCAUUGAAUUCAAGAGCCUUGGAGGACCGUGAGGGCCCCUUGUUCCUGGAGGAUGAUCGGAAGCGGAGGGCACUGUCGAUACUUGCGGAACCAAUGGAGAAGCCAGGCUGAUCUGCUUUACACUUAAGAGUUCGUGCUGAUGCUGCCCGCCUGUUUCCCACCGAUGAUGCUUGCUUCUCCACACCUGCGAUUCUUCACCUCUUCCUGGUGCUCACCUUGGAGAUCCUUGCCAGCUUUCACUGCCAUUGACGGGAAACAUAUUGUUGAUAGAAACAGGAAACAUACUGCCUGUUCCAUCCACCGUUAUUGAUUUGAAGAUUUGCCAUCUGAUGGAAUUUGGUUCCUACAUAUGUAGCUAUGCUGGCAUUCAGGGAACAGGCCGGCCUGCGUCAUUAUCUUGUUCUGUGGGACGAGAACAAAUUUACCGCUGAUGAGUUGCAAACCCUACACGUAAUGUACUAUUCUAUCCAACUUCUUGACAAUUAGAAUGCUGUUUAACUGGCCAAUUAAAUAUAAAAUUCCUACUGUUUCAUGC